CGUUCCAAUUUGUGUUUUAUAUUUUGUGUUUUCCAGGAAAGGAAUAACUCCAGAAAAUGUCUGGGCAUGUUUUCCAGGUUUAAGACAACACGAAACAUACAUACAGAUAAUGGUUUGCCCAAGUUGUUCCAAAUCUUAUCUCUAAUGUCAGAAAUAACUCUGUCCCUAUACACAACGCGAUAACUCGGACAGCGGACCCUUAUCUCCGGAAUAAUACAGAACUGCAUAUCCAAGAUGGCUGCCAUUGAGAAAUAUGACAUCUUUUGUAUGCUGUUGUUCCUGUUUGUAACCACACAAGUGUCCGGAGAUUGUCCGAGUGGCUUCCUGGUCCAUGGAAAUUCCUGCUACAUGGACUUUAACAUCCAGGCCACGUGGGCUGAGGCUUCGAUGAUUUGUAACGUUUAUGGAGGAAACUUAGCAGAGAUCGGAGAUGAACACGAGCAACACUUUAUAGCAGGCUACAUCUCCAGGAAGACAUCUAGUUCAUACAAGCCCGGUAUUUUUUGGCUUGGAGGGUCUGACCUCCUCACUGAAGGGGAAUGGAUAUGGUCGAGUGACAACUCCUAUCUGACCUAUAAAAACUUCGCCCCGGGGGAACCUAACAAUGCUAACGGAGGGGAACAUUGUCUGGAGUUCGAUUUCUCCGGAAAUUUCCAAUGGAACGACAAUAACUGUGAGAAUCGCUACAACUUCGUCUGCGAAGUACCGAUGAAGAUGUCUUCCGGUGGGAUCAUAGGAUGAGAGGAACAAUGGUAUCGUCACGUGAUAAUAAUAAACAAUUACUAAGCUAAAUACAUAUGUUUCUCAUUUGAUUUUUUAAUUAUACAUUUUAAGCUGCUUUCUUUCACUUCCGUUUAUUCCGUAACAUACACGUCCGGAUUUCACUUUCGACAUUGUCUUGUUCCUUUGCCAUUUCCAUUGGCUAUAAAAGAUCUUCGAUUGUGUAUGAUGUCACUUCCGGUUUCGUGUUGCGAAUGUCUCUUCAUGUUUUUUUAUUGCAAUUAACGUGUCUAACUAUAGGCAUGGUGUUUUAUUUAGACGAAGAAAACUAUUUUUCCUUCUAUGUGAUGUCACUUCCGGUGUUGUUGUCUUUCAUUCGGUUUGGGGUCUGAUGGUCUUGCAUGGGUAUGUGAUGCAUUGUUUUCACUCUGAUAUAUCGUAACACUACUGAAAGUAUUGCUUGAUGUUCAAAUAAGCAUUCCAAGUUUAUAAUUGUUAUCAGAGAAUGGCUAGUGUGAUGAAGAAGUGUAUGUAAAUGAAGUGAUGUUGUAAACGUACCACAUCAUAAUAAGCUGAAUCUGCCAAUGCUGGUAAUUAACAAGGUUACAGCUACACAUGGUAAAGAUAGCGUGUUAAUUUGACUUAAUUGGAGAACGAAGCAUCACAAAUACGUGUAUAGUGAUAAUUGUCGAGUGUUUGGUGGUAUCUCUCAAAGAAUCAGAAUAAAGAGUGUAUUGCCAGAUAGAAACAUG